UUUUUUUUUUCUACUUGAGCAUAUAACUGUCAUGGCUGCUACUGGAACUGAUGCUACUGGUUUGACCAGCAAAGAUUAUUACUUUGAUUCUUAUGCUCACUUUGGUAUUCAUGAAGAAAUGUUGAAAGAUGAAGUUCGAACCAUCUCUUAUCGUGAAUCCAUUUAUCGAAACAAACACUUGUUUGAAGGAAAGAUUGUUUUAGAUGUGGGUUGUGGUACUGGUAUCUUAUCUAUGUUUGCUGCAAAGGCUGGUGCUAAACAUGUUUAUGGUAUCGAUAUGUCAAAUAUCAUUCAUCAAGCUCAGAGAAUUGUCAAUGAUAAUGGUUUUGCUGAUAAAAUCACUUUGAUUCAAGGAAAAAUGGAAGAAGUCCAAUUAUCUGUGGACAAGGUCGAUAUCAUUAUCUCAGAAUGGAUGGGUUACUUUUUACUCUAUGAAUCCAUGUUGGAUACCGUAUUAGUUGCUCGUGACAAGUACUUGGCUGAAGAUGGUAUGAUCUUCCCUGAUAAGGCUACAAUGUAUAUUGGUGCUAUUGAAGACGGUGAAUACAAAGAUGAAAAGAUCAACUACUGGGAUGAUGUUUAUGGAUUUGAUUAUUCUUCUAUCAAGAAACUUGCCAUCAAGGAACCUUUGGUCGAUACUGUAGAUGCUAAUGCUGUCUUAUCGGAUGCUUGUGCUUUCAAGGAAAUCGAUAUUUUGACAGUCAAAAAGGAAGAUUUGACAUUCAAAGCACCUUUCAAGAUCACAGCUACUCGUGAUGAUUAUGUACAUGCUUUUAUCUGUUGGUUUGAUAUUGGAUUCACUCAAUGCCACAAACCUAUUUACUUCUCAACUGGUCCUCAUGCUAAAUAUACUCACUGGAAACAAACUGUAUUCUAUACUCCUGAAACUUUGACUAUCAACAAAGGUGAAUCUAUUGAAGGUACUAUUGAUUGCGCUCCCAAUAGUCGAAAUCCUCGUGAUUUGGAUAUUAUUAUCGAUUAUAAAUUCAAGGGUGAACAUGGAUCUGUAGAAGAACAUUGUGAUUUUAAGAUGUCUUAAAAUGAGAUAUAGAAUAUGUGAAAUUUGGUUCUCUUCUACUUUUUUUAUUUUUGUUUAUUUAUUUAUUAUUUACCUCAUACACAUAUAUAUACAUUUACCAUUUCAUUAUAGUUUUACAUUUCAUCAUAUUUGUUUUAUAAAUAAAAUAUAUAUAUAUUUGGCAUCUUUUUAUUAUAUAA